GCGCCACAGCCUCCCAGUGCUGCCUUUCCCUCUACCAGCUUCACUCACCAGUGUAAGUGUGUAUUGAAGGAGCGGCUUGAAAAAUGAAUGCAGCCAUGGAUGCCAUGCAUGAUUUUGGGGUGAGCACCACGCAGUAUCUGCAGACCAACUACCGCGAUGCCCAGGGCUGGUUCCUCUUCAUCUCCUUUGCGGCCGACCUUAGGAACACCUUCUUCGUCUUCUUCCCCAUUUGGUUCCAUCUGCGGGAGUCUGUGGGCAUUAAGCUCAUCUGGGUGGCUGUGGUUGGGGACUGGCUCAAUCUGGUCUUCAAGUGGAUCCUCUUCGGCGAACGUCCAUAUUGGUGGGUCCAUGAGACACUUUACUACAGCAAUUCCUCUGUGCCACAAAUUGAGCAGUUCCCCAUGACCUGCGAGACAGGCCCAGGCAGUCCAUCUGGUCAUGCAAUGGGAGCUGCAGGUGUCUACUAUGCCAUGGUAACCUCCAUUCUUGCCAUUGUUUUGAAAGAGCAGAAUGCCAACUCAAAGUCCAACAGCUGGUGUAUGAGGGGCACGCUGUGGACACUGUUCUGGGGGGUCCAGGUCUGCGUCUGUCUCUCCAGGGUUUUUAUAGCUGCACACUUCCCACACCAGGUCAUCGCUGGGGUGAUCACAGGUAUGAUCGUGGCUGAGGUUUUCAACCGAGUGCAGUGGAUCUACAGUGCCAGUCUGAAGAAGUACCUGUAUGUCACCCUCUUUCUGCUGACCUUCGCCCUGGGUUUCUAUGUGCUGCUGAAGGCACUCGGAGUCGACCUGCUCUGGACUCUGGAUAAAGCAAAGCGGUGGUGCAUCCGGCCCGAAUGGGUCCACAUGGACACGACGCCCUUCGCCAGCCUCCUCCGCAACAUGGGCACUUUGUUUGGCCUCGGUUUGGGCCUGCACUCUCCUCUCUACACAGAGAACAAGAAGAGCAAGAACGCCUCCUUCAGGCUGGGCUGUAUUGUGGCCUCCCUGUUUCUACUGCACCUUUUUGACUCAUUUAAACCUCCCACCCACACAGCCACCCUGUUCUACCUACUUUCCUUUUGCAAGAGUGCUACGGUACCCUUAGCCACUGUUACAAUCAUCCCUUACUGCUUGUCAGGAGCUCUGAGUGGAGACAGCAAAAAGCAUCUUUGAGCUGGAAAGGCCAAGGUGAGAGCUGGACCUGAAUUGGACUCAUCUGACAAUGCUGAAGAGUAUUCAGAGGUGCUUUACUUUCUGCAUUUCCUGUAAACACAGUCCAAGAGCUCAUCUAACAAAUAACUGGCUUUAGGUAGUGACUGCAUGACCAGUUGCAAUCGGUAGACUACACAAAAUCACACCAGCAUUUCUUUUAGAGUUCUAACAAACAUGUAAGAAACAAAACACAAAUUCUCAUUGUGUGAACUCAUACUUAAUUGACCAUGGGUACAUUUCCCAAAACCAUAGCUGCUAAUAACGUGAGCAACUUACAUAGUUGGAACCGUGCAACUGAAUGAUUCCAACUAUACAGUACCAGUUGCUAACAGGAGCUUUUGGAAAACAUAGCCCAUAAUAGUCUUCAAGCAUUCACUCCUAUAGAUAGAUGUCAUCCUUAUUUGAAAGAAUUUUGAUAGUUAUGAUUAUGAUUAAUCCUGAUUAUUGUUGCUGUAACAGUAACAGUAUUUAAGAGCUGUAUUUCAUUUUAAUUUUCCCAUUUUUCAUUUUAUUUAGAUGUUCAGCUUAUGAAUCCUUGAACAAGUUUGAACAUAUAUAGUAUUGUAUUUGAGCAACUUGCAAAAGUGACUAUACCAGAGUCAGAUAUUGUUUUCACUCGAUAAUAUUCAUGGAAGGUUUUCUCAUCUCCUAUAGACAUUAGGAAACAAAACAGAAGUGACUUCUAGGCUAUAACAUUAGUCUAAUGUAUUGCUUGGUAGGAAAAACAACAUGUCCAUAAUUUAUUAACGUCUGUGUAUGUAAUCCAGGCAAACAUGAUUUCAGGAAAUGUUAGACUACUAGCCUGUUUGACAGAUUUUUUAUUUUUUUAUUAAAGAUAUAUUUCUGUAAAAAGAAGCUGUGGUUAAAUUGAAGGGAAUUUAUAAUAAAAUUGUUAAAAACA